CAGCGCACAGGGGGCGAAGCUAAACUGACAGGCGUUCCCAGCUACCCGAGUAGCUGUAAGUGGCAGCCAAACUGUAGACAUGUGUGGAAUCUUUGCUUAUCUCAACUACCAUGUGCCGAGGAGUCGGCGUGAGAUCCUUGAGAUCCUCCUCAAAGGUCUGCACCGUCUGGAGUACAGAGGCUACGACUCAGCUGGUGUGGGAAUCGAUGGUGGCAAUGGAAAAGACUGGGAGUCAAAUGCCAAGAGCAUCCAACUGAUCAAGCAACGUGGAAAAGUGAAGGCUCUUGAUGAGGAGAUUAACAAGCAGCAGGAUAUUGACCUGGAUGUGGAGUUUGAUGUUCACGUCGGCAUUGCUCACACCCGCUGGGCCACCCACGGUGUACCAAGCCCAGUUAACAGCCAUCCACAUAGAUCUGACAAAACCAAUGAGUUCAUUGUCAUUCACAAUGGAAUUAUCACCAACUACAAAGACCUGAGGAAAUUCUUGGAAAGCAAAGGCUACGAGUUUGAGUCAGAGACUGACACAGAGAGCAUCGCCAAGCUGGUGAAGUACAUGUUUGACAACCGAGAGAGUGAUGACCUCAGUUUUGCUACACUGGUGGAAAGAGUGACCCAGCAGCUUGAGGGAGCUUUUGCUCUGGUCUUCAAGAGCGUGCACUACCCUGGAGAGGCAGUUGGCACAAGGAGGGGAAGUCCCUUGCUGAUGGGAGUGAGGAGUGAUCACAAGCUGUCCUCAGAUCAUAUUCCUGUGGUCUACCGCUCCACAGCUAAAGACAAGAAGAGCUGCUCUGCCCUACCCCGUACGGACCAGGACACCUGCUUGUUCCCUGUGGACGAGAAAGCGGUGGAGUACUACUUUGCCUCUGAUGCAAGCGCAGUGAUCGAGCACACAAACCGGGUGAUUUUCCUGGAGGACGACGAUGUGGCUGCAGUGGUGGAGGGCCGGCUGUCCAUCCACAGGAUAAAGCGUAGAGCCGGAGACUAUCCAGCCCGUGCCAUCCAGACCCUGCAGAUGGAGCUACAGCAAAUCAUGAAAGGCAACUACAGCUCCUUCAUGCAGAAGGAGAUCUUUGAGCAGCCAGAGUCUGUGGUCAAUACCAUGAGGGGAAGAAUCAACUUCGACGAUAACACAGUGACACUGGGUGGACUGAAGGACCACAUAAAAGAGAUCCAGAGGUGUAGGAGACUUAUCCUUAUUGCUUGUGGCACCAGCUACCAUGCCGGCGUGGCGACCCGCCAGGUCCUGGAGGAGCUAACAGAGCUGCCUGUCAUGGUGGAGCUGGCCAGUGACUUCCUGGACAGGAACACUCCUGUCUUCCGAGACGACGUCUGCUUCUUCAUCAGCCAGUCAGGGGAGACUGCAGACAGCCUCAUGGCCCUGCGCUACUGUAAGGAGAGAGGAGCUCUGACUGUGGGCGUCACCAACACGGUGGGCAGCUCCAUCUCCAGGGAGACUGACUGCGGAGUCCACAUCAACGCUGGGCCUGAGAUCGGAGUCGCCAGCACCAAGGCCUACACCAGCCAGUUUGUGGCUCUGAUCAUGUUUGCACUCCUGAUGUGCGAUGACAGGAUUUCCAUGCAGCCCAGACGCCGAGAGAUAAUCCAGGGCCUGAGAGUGCUUCCAGAUCUGAUUAAGGAGGUUCUUAGUUUGGAUGACGAGAUCCAGAAGUUGGCAACAGAGCUGUACCAGCAGAAGAGCGUACUGAUCAUGGGCAGAGGUUAUCAUUAUGCUACCUGCCUGGAAGGAGCACUGAAAAUCAAGGAAAUCACGUACAUGCAUUCAGAGGGCAUCCUGGCUGGAGAGCUGAAGCACGGUCCCCUGGCUCUGGUGGAUAAACUCAUGCCGGUCAUUAUGAUCAUCAUGAGGGACCACACCUAUGUCAAAUGUCAGAACGCCCUGCAGCAAAUUGUUGCCCGCCAGGGCCGCCCCAUCGUGAUCUGCGACAAAGACGAUUACGAGACCGCCAAGAACUCUAGCCGCACCAUCAAAGUGCCUCACUGCGUAGACUGCCUGCAGGGCAUCCUGAGCGUCAUCCCGCUGCAGCUGCUGUCCUUCCACCUGGCUGUUCUCCGAGGUUACGACGUGGACUGUCCCAGAAACCUGGCCAAGUCCGUGACCGUAGAGUGAACCACCCCAUUCAUCACAUAACGAAAGCCUGGCGGACGCACAUUCAAACACGUACAGACGGCAAGGGGCCGUCUCUGUAUAGACACCAAGAGAAAACAACGUCCCGUGUCUCGUGUCAUGGCUCUUUUUAAUGCAAUCUUUUACCCAACAGUUGUGUAUCUCACUGUUGCAUAUUAUCUGUAUCUCACUGUCUAUUUUCCCUGAAACCUUUUGGCAUCUUUGUUGUAUUAUUGUUCGAGAAGCAGUUUUGUCCGUGGUGGCGAGGUCUGGGCUGGCUUGGACAAAUCUUCAUUAGCUCUGGGUUUAUGAAUCUGUAGCAACUGACAGUGAGCGUUUGGAUUUGUUCGCAUUCAUGCUCAACUUGUGAGAAAGCCUUCCAUGUUUACUUGCGUUGAUUAGUCUCACUGGGAGCAUCAUAGAGCUGCUGUUAAAACCGUUGACUGACAGAAGUUGGGUUUUGAAGACCUUGUUGGCUUUCUUUUUUCUUUAGUGCAAUGAUUUGUAGUUUAGUUUGGAUAUUUUUCUUUGGCAGCUAAUCAUUCUAAGUGUCUUUACUCCACAGUUGAAGUAAAUGACCGUCUUAAAUCAUUCCAAGCCACAGGUCAUCGCUUCUUGAUAAUUGCAGCGUUGUUUGCCAGUUUUGACUCAGUUUCUCUCUUGUACUUUCUUCUGAGGAUACACAUUUACUGUAGGAGCAACAUCACAAGUUACAUCACAGAAAAGCUUGCACAUAGCUGUGUUAGAUCUUCUUGGGUACUUUACAAAAGAUUGUUCUUGUAUGUUACAAAACCUUGUGUUUGGGAUUGCAUACUCUGCUCUAGUCAACGUGAAUACUGGGCCGUCCACAACAAGAACGAUAACUGUAAAGAUAACGUUGUGAGCAUCCAAUCUGAUGAACAAUCAGUGGCACUCCAGCUGCCACAAAAUAUAGAUUGAUGAUCUGCUGCUGCUGUAAAAUGUCAGAAAUGGCGACUAAAACAUUUUUAAAGAACUGAAUUAUCAUUUAUUUAUCAUUAUUCUUAAUAAGAAUAUGAGUAAUAAGACUUAUUCGCCGCUGCUGUGCAAGGAGAUAGAUAGCAUCUUUGUGAACACUGUUUUAUCAAACAGGAGUGGGUUUUUUAACCUUAAUGAUGAGACUCUCCACAAAGUCAUCUGCCACAUUGAACCUGACACCCUGUAAAUUAUGUGUUUCUAUCGUUCAUCAGAUCGCUCUGAAAAUGAUCCUAACGGUAUUGUUUAUCACAGCUGUUGUUCCAUUGUGGGCAUCCACUUGAGUAAGAUUGUUUUUAAAUCUAUAAAGUUAUCAGUUUUUGCUGUUGACGGCCCUGAGCCUCUUUACUGAGCCUUCUGAGAUUUUAUUUUGAUACACUGUUUUUUCUUUUACCAUUCUUUAUACAUUAUGCUCUAAUUUAAAGGCUGUUUGUGCACAAAUUAGAGUUUGAUUUCAGGUCUCUUUACAUUUAAACUAUUAACUGAAGUAUAAUGUAAUCUGUUAAACUGAAGUAAUUCAAGUUAGAUGAAGUAGAAGUUGAACCCAGUUGCCAGCCCACACCCUGCCAUCACGACGACUGCAAUAUUGGGACCAUUUGUAGCUUUUCUUUCUCUUUCUUUUGUUAUAUUUAAUUUUCUUCUUUUUUAAAAAGAAAAAAAAGGAAUUUUAUAUUAUUGAAGUUACUCUCUGAUUUGAAAUGUGAAUGUUACUAUCAUUUGAGAUGUCCUGUCAAACCAAAAAUCUCUACAAUGGCUUUGGCAGUUGUAAACCAAAACAUAUAUAUUUUAUAUGUUUAUCCUAUACUGUAGCCAAACAUGUACUGAUGCCGGUAGAUUGUGUGAUGUGAAGAUGCUUUGUGGCUUAAAGAGGACGUUUGCACAGUUUUAUGGCAGUAUAUCGUACUGCAGAUGUUUAUUUAGAUAGGAUGCCAGCUCUGUGAGAUCUCAUAUGUCUUUGUUUCAAAAAGCUGAGGAAAGAUUGACGUACACAUGCAGUGUUGUUGUGAAGACAUAGGAGCUUUUGAGGUUACGUUUAUUUUGAAGUCAUCUUUUAGGUAACAUAAUAUUUAUCUUGCUUUUGCAAUCAAGCCUUAACUCAACUUUUACAUAUUUUGUUUCCCCCAAAACAUUGAGGUUCUCCUGAGCUGGUGGAAGGGUUUUAAAACUGGACGACAUUGUUACAGGUACUUUUGUAACCCACAUUCAUGCUGUAAGCAGAUUUAGAUUUCUUGACUGGAAGCAUUGACGAGGGAGACUGCACUGAAUCCUGGCAACAUCUGUGGAAGCUGUUGGGUUACUGAGGGAGUGGGGCACUGUUUAUAAGUGGAGCCGAUGCAAUAAAGUGUCAGAUACUUCCCUUUUUAAGUGUCCGAGCUCAUUCGAUGAGAAGGUGCAGUUCAGGCUGUGCAUGCUUUUCCAAGUCCUACGUGUGACGAAAUGUAAAAAAAAAUUGAUGCUAAAUGUUGUGCUUGCUCCCAUGUGUCCUCGAUAUUCUUGAAUGUUUGUGAAUGAAUGCACCUUAAAUUGUUUAGGUUUUGUUGCCAAGAUGUCUACCUUCUUUUGAAUAUAACGGGAUUAUAUGGCACACUUGAAAAAUCAUGGCCCAAUUAUGCAAGAAAAUUCACAGACAUUCUUGUGAGUAGUUUCAUUUGGGCACUAUAAUAGAAAUAAAAUGGUUCCUAUAUGAAACUGCUCACAACAAGGUCUGGAAUAUCUGAAGUAAGAAGACAUUGCUGUUGACUUUUUCAAAUUUGUUUUUUAGCUCUUUGAGCAACACAAGUGAAUAAAUUCCAUUAUAUUCAAGAGAAGGCAGACCUCUUUACGGCCACAUUUUAUUCUGGAGUCAACUGUCCCUUUAACAUUAGUAAAUGGACUAUGUUCUGC